CUGUGCAUACCGUUUGCAGAGGCCAUGAUGUAUCACGUUUUUCCAAGCACCUAGUUCGUCGUGUCCGUUGGGCUCUCAGAAAAUAUUGAAAAUUAAGGUGUAAAAGGGGCAAAAACUGAUCAACGUGACGAAGAUGAAUUCGAGAGAGGCACAAGAAUCAUCGGGUAAAUCGCAGGCGCCUAAGAGAACAUUGGCAAAACGUAUUUCGGCCAUAAUACCAGCAUCUAUAACCAAAUGGUUCAAAAACCUGCAAUCACCUGAACAAUCAUCAUCGGAACAAUCAUCACCUGAUUCUGGUUGUUUAGGAGAACCUGAACCUAAACGAAGGCGACUUAGCGAAGAUCCAAAUAAAUAUUUACCAAGAACAGCUUGUGCUAGUACAAACACAGAUUCUUUAUAUUCUCCAAGGUUAACACAAAAACGUAACAGCGAAGAUUUGUUAAAUGCAACUACAAUUAAAUCACCAGAGGACGCAGUAAAUCGGGUGUCAUUCAGUUUAAAAAGCUCAUUCCGUUCAGAGGAUGAUCCGAUGCCAAAAGAAACUUAUGUAGAUCGCAACAGAACGCCAGGAUCGCCUUUCUAUCCAGGUAAUACAACGUAUGGCGGAGCAUCCAACCAUUUGUCUCAAUAUACAAUUAAAAAAAGAAGUACGUUAAGAAAUAGACUAAAUAAAAGUAGAGGCAAUAAUGAUUUUAAAAUAAGUGGACCUUCUGAAAGAAUCAUGAAUGUAUUUGAAAACUACUCAUCUCCAUUAGAAGAAGCUAGAAGGAUAUCGCAAUUUGUCAGCAACGAAAAUAAAAACAAUUCAUCUACCACCAUGUCUAACGACACUUCUAAACAUAUUGCUACAAAAAGUCAAGAACUACAUGUGCCAAGCAUUGCUACCAUAUUAAGUAUAAAACAGAAAUCUGGUCUGAUGUCUAGCACAAGCACUGCUAGACAAUUACUGGCAUCACAGAGUAGUGCCACUAAGUAUUCGCCAUAUGGUGUAUAUAAAAAUUCGGAUUCAGCCAAACGUCUUGAUAAAUCGACUUUGAAUCCAAAGGAAAGGCGUGCUUCGACGUCUUCGUUGCCAAUGGUCUCAAAAUCAAAUUCUUUGACAAUAAAUAUAGAAAGUUUACACAACAUGGCAUUCACAACAUCAACACCAACGAUAGCAAAAGUUCCUAAUAUCUCACAAUCGCCGAAUAAUAUUGAAGAUAUGCAGAUUGAAAACACAAGUUUUCAAUGUACUAAUGCUGCAGAUGCACAUAGAAAUAAUACUGAAACUGAUUGUCGCGUCACUAUUGAUAGCAGUAAUACAACUAUAGACACAAGUAUAGUAAUGACAACUGAAUUUCGUAAUUACGAAGAAGAAAACGGUACUAAAGAAUCUCGUGUACCAAACCCAACAAAUUUAUUACAGUGGACAUGCGAAGAUUGCUGGGUUAAAAACGAUAUGAGUAUUAGUAAUUGUGUAUGUUGUGCUGGAAAGAAGCCCAUAAACAAAAAUGACAAUAGUAAAACUGCUAGGCCAGCUGAGGCAAUCCCUCCUAAUCAUGACUCUUUAUUAAACAAUAAUAUUACAAAUGCAACAUUAAAUAGGAAACAAGCAGGGUUCUCUAAAAGUCGAGAUGAAAACUGGGAAUGUAUUGUUUGCCUAGUAAGAAAUGAUAAACAUAACAGCAAAUGCGUCUGCUGUGAUGCUGAGAGACCAGGCACAAAGAAAUCUGAAACAACAUUUAAUUUUGGUGUGCCUGGAACUACUCAAUUUAAAUUUGGAAUAAAUUUAGCUAACACAACCCAACAACCUACUAAAGAAACUGAACCUACAAAGAACAAUGAGGCCCCAAAACAAUUUUCAUUUGGGCUACCUCCCACUCGUUCAGUAGGUGACGGUUUAGAAAAGUCUAAUGACAGUAUUUCAAAUAAAUCUCCUCAGGAAGAACAAAGGAGCAUUUUGGAAGAAGAAAGAGUUGAUGAUCAGCAAGUGUUUGUAUUGAAAUCACCAAUACCCGUAAACACAGUACAACCGGUAGAAAAACCAAAACAAAAUUCUACAAACUUACCUUUGCGCAAUGCUGGACAAAACACUGCUAAUUUUGACAUGCUAUCCCCAAUAGUGGAAUCUUUAAACGAAAAUUCAGACCCAAAUACUACAAGUAACACACAAAAUGUAUCUGCUUCUCAAAACAGCACUAUACAGCAGAAUGAGUCAACAACUAAUACUGGAACUUUUGUGCCUCCUUCCACUACCUCAGUACCUCCUUCUGUCACUUCAGUACCAGAGAGCAAUUUGUUUGAGUGUAAUUUGAAUUCUUUUCCACCUGAAUCUUCACUCAAAAUAAGUUCAGCUCCAAUGUUUAUCUUGGGUUCAAGUAAUAAUCAGAGUAUUAAUCAUUUUGCCCCCAUGAAGAAUAUGAGUAUUCAAUUUGGAAAUAAAAUUAAUUCAACAAAUGUUUUAAAUUUCGGAGGUCCUUUAGGCAAAUGUGUGUCGCCGACAAUCGAUUCACAUGGUAACAUAAAUUCUGCAUCGGACACAAUUAAUAGAAACAUUAUUUUGAGUGGUAGUGGCAGUCAGACAUUUCAACACAGUAAUGAAGGACCUAGCUCAAUAAACACGGAUAACUCAAAUCUGUUUUAUAACGUCCAAAGCCAGCCUAGACAACCAGGAGGACUAUUCAGAUCUACACCACAAACAGAAAACAGUAGUUGGGUUUCUUCUGAAACAAAUUUAUGUUCAGCACCGCAAGGCAUCCCUACAAAUCGACGAAAUCAGGCACCGUCUCUAUUUACCUUUGGUGGAAUGUCAUCUGAUACAAAUUCAAUGAACAACGUAACAACAGCAUUCCGUAAAAACGCUCAAAUGCCGUCGCCCUCGCCAGCGUUUGGUAUGCCUUCUGCUAAUGCCAACAAUUCAUUCAAUUUGGUUUCUACUUUUGAUAAUCAAGCAAAGUCAAUAAGCAACAUCAAUAGCACACCAGGAGCAGGAGGGCUUUUUGGUCAAACAUCUCAAUUAUUUGCCGAAACGUCCCAUCAGAUGGGACUUCAGCCGAGCUUUAAUUUUUCUGCUGGUCAGACUACUCCUAAUGUUUUCAACUUCUCUCAGCAGUCGGGGGUUCGUAGUAUGAGUGGGACGUCGUUGCCGCAAUUCCAAGUUGGCAGCUCUUCCGCCCCAGGACAAGCUCGCCGUAUAAGGAAAGCGGUCCGACGAACAACACCACGAUGAACGCUUUAUAAUCAAAACUAGCCAAGAUAUGUUUUAAAAUUACACCCGUGUCAUGCAUGUCAAGUGUUUCGUCUUGAUGAACGAUAUUUAUAUAUAUUUUUUUAAAUUAUAAACUUAAAUACAUUAUUAAACAGACUUCACACUUUGAAGUCAGUCCUUAUAUAGUGUAUUUUAAUAAUGAAAGUGAAAUGAUGAUGAUGUAAUGUUGAAAGUUACUUCGUGUGGCCGUACUCGUUCCAGGUACCAAGGAGGGAUCCCGCCGUGGAUCAGCCCUUGCUACUUUUUUAAAGUUUGAGUUAAAGAAGCUAGGAUAAUCUAUUUUGAAACACACCAAUUUUAUGCUAAUUCUCAAGUUGUAUUUUAAUAUUUAAAAAAUUGCUAUUUAUGUUCUAAUAAACAUCUACAAUAAUUGGAUUAAUGAUUCAAAAACAGAUAUGCAUGUUAAUUUAAUCUUUAAGUUCUAAUAAACAUUUCUCCAAUAAUUGGAUUAAUGAUUCAAAAACAGAUAUGCAUGUUAAUUUAAUCUUUAAGUUCUAAUAAACAUUUCUCCAAUAAUUGGAUUAAUGAUUCAAAAACAGAUAUGCAUGUUAAUUUAAUCAUUAAGUUCUAAUAAACAUUUCUCCAAUUAUUGGAUUAAUGAUUCAAAAACAGAUAUAUGCAUGUUAUUAUAUGCAUGUUAAUUGAAUCUUUCAUAGUUGGUUUAAAACCUAUUUUUGAAAUGAAUUUAUGAAUUAAUUGUUAAGUGAGAAUGUAGAUACUAGUCUACAUCCUACACGUUAACAUCGUUGUUUGAUAUUAAAUGCUCAUAAUAAUGUUUCAAAUGCAAUUUAUAAUUUUAUGUUUAUAAUAAAGAUCAAGAUAAACAAAUUGGGGAGCAAAACUAAAUUAAUUGAUUAAUUGUGAUUGUUUCCUUUAGGUAAAAUAUUAUAAAUUGUUUAUAAAGUAAAAAAAUAACGUUGUUUAGUAAAC